GUAAUCCCGCUUGGUUUCCCUCCAUUCUGGUUGGAAGUUCUGUUUCUGUCUAAAACCCUAGCGCUGCAGGGUUUUUGAUUCUGAAGCUUUGUCUGUGAGACAAUGGUGGAGAAGCAGAAGCGAAAGAGCAUUCCUGUUCUACCAUGGAUGCGAAGCCCUGUGGAUGUCUCUCUAUUCGAGGAAUGCCCUCUUGAGAUCCUCCCUUCGCUCGACCCCAGAUUGAAGGCAGCUUUGCAGAACAUGGGCAUCUCUUCACUGUUCCCAGUGCAACUUGCAGUUUGGCAAGAGGCGAUAGGGCCCGGUUCCUUUGAGAGAGAUCUAUGUAUUAAUUCACCAACUGGAAGUGGGAAAACUUUAGCUUAUGCCCUACCGAUAGUGCAAAUGCUUUCAAGUCGUACAGUCAAAUGCUUACGUGCUUUAGUUGUGUUGCCUACUCGUGAUCUGGCCUUGCAGGUGAAAGAGGUUUUUGCUGCGAUUGCACCUGCAGUGGGCUUAUCUGUAGGUCUGGCUGUGGGUCAAUCCUCCAUAGCAGAUGAGAUUGCUGGUCUCAUCAAGAGACCUAAGCUUGAGGCGGGCAUCUGUUAUGAUCCAGAAGAUUUUUCGGUUCAGCUGCAGAGUUCUGUGGACAUAUUGGUGGCAACACCGGGAAGAUUGAUGGACCAUAUUAACUUCACGAAAGGGUUUACUCUUCAGCAUCUAUGUUAUCUUGUUAUCGAUGAAACUGAUAGGUUAUUAAGGGAAUCAUACCAAUCUUGGCUACCUACUGUGCUUCAGUUGACGCAUGUUGAUGAUGAGAAUAUUAUCUUUCCUUCCUACACUUCACUUCCUUGUUCUGCUGGAUUCUUAAAAACCAUAAGGAGAUUUGGUAUAGAGAGGGGUUUUAAGGGUGCAUGUUACCCAAGGUUCUCAAAGAUGGUUCUAUCUGCAACGCUUACACAGGAUCCAGGCAAGCUUGCUCAGCUUGAUCUGCAUCGCCCUCUAUUCUUAACUACUGGGAAAAGAAGAUACAAACUUCCAGAGAAAUUAGAAUCAUACAUGACGAUUUGUGAAUCAAAACUCAAACCAUUAUAUCUGGUUGCCCUACUUCAAAGCUUAGGAGGUGAAAAGUGUAUUGUUUUUACAUCCUCUGUGGAGUCUACUCAUCGACUAUGUACAUUACUAAACUUCUUCGAUGACUUGCAACUCAAGAUCAAAGAGUAUUCAGGGCUUCAACGUCAAUCAUUGAGAAGCAAAACGCUGAAUGCUUUCCGGGGAGGGGAGAUUCAAGUACUUGUUAGUUCUGAUGCCAUGACUCGUGGAAUGGACGUUGAGGGUGUGAGAAAUGUUAUUAAUUAUGAUAUGCCUGCGUUUAUUAAGACAUAUAUCCAUCGAGCUGGUCGGACUGCAAGGGCUGGGCAAUCUGGCCGCUGUUUCACAUUGCUGAGUAAAGAUGGGGUUCGACGUUUCAAGAAAUUACUACAAAAGGCUGAUAAUGAUUCUUGUCCCGAACAUUCUCUACCUUCUAGUUCAAUUGAGUUGCUCCAGCCUACUUACGUCUCUGCCCUGGAGAAACUAAAGGAAAAGGUUGAAUCAGAAAGAUCCAGAAAGAGCACAAUCAUGUCUUCUAGAGUUGGCAAACGGAAAGAUACGAACUCCAAUGAAAAGUCUUAGCAAGUUCACUGGAAACUGUGCAAGUACAAAUUUCCGGGACUCAGCCCACAAGGACAUGAAAAUUUAACUACAGGAGAUGGUGAUAGUGCCUUUAAGGCUUAUUAUUUUCACUCGAGAUUACACAUUCAAUUAUUCAACGUGGAGAAAGAUCUAUUUAUGUUUCUAACGAAGUACCUAGAAUUGGCACUAACAGUUGUAGGAGCAGGGGUAGUUGAUGGUGGACUUAUUGGGGAAGCAGGAUACUCAUACUUGCUACAGUCUCUCUCCUCUUCACUGAUGGUGUCCAGCACUUUCGACGUCCGGCGUCUCAUGACACUGAUGAUCUGUGGUGGCGCAACUUCAGUAACAAACCUUGCUAUUCGGGAAUUCGCCAUUUUCUUUUUCUUUUUUGGAGUUUAAGGUGUCGGAGGAUGAUGGUUGAGAAUGUUGAUGUUCUAGGAGCACAGAUUGGGCUACUUAAGAGUGAAUGCAAGCUUUUGAGUGAUAUUUGCGAUGGUCUGCUUAGAUUAUGAAUUGAAUGCAAGUCCUGAUCCAGGGGAUUCCUUGAAAUCAAUAAUUUGGCAUUAGGUGGUGUAGCAUAGUACAACCACCACUGAUUUUUUUUUUUUUUUUUUAAUGCAGUUUCCCCAACGUCUGAUUUCUUUCCCAGACCUUCUAGGGGAUUUAACUUGUGGUAUUUGGAGGUAUAGUCCAAAAAUUGCUGGGGCCGAUGGCUUUUGCAUUUGCCCUCUUCAAAGAUUUAACUAUGAUUGGCAAAUCCACUUGCCACGUUUCUGAACUUUUUGGCCGAUUGUAUGUUGAUGUUGACAAAUUGUCUUGUCAGUUACUACAUUGUGCGAAACAUUCUGACAAGUGUCAGAAGCUUCAUGGGUACAGGAUUGCUGAACGAAUUGAACAACAAUAUUUAUUGAUGUUGGGAAGAUACCGAGAUCCCAUUGGGAUCCAAAAUAUCUAUAUUGAAUUAUUGGUUGGUUGAA